AUGCAAAGAUUCAAAGGAACGAGAUGUCCAUUAGUCAAGUUCUUAGCUCCUGAUGGCAUAAAUACCAGAACUGUCCUUGUAGAACCUGAACAGUGGACGGUGGAGGAUGAAGAAGGAAAUGUCUUAGUUUCAAGAAUUCAAUUCCCACUUAUUUUAGCUUGGUCACUUUCGAUCCAUAAGUCGCAAGGUCAGACAUUAGCGAGGGUCAAGGUUGAUUUAAGGAGAAUCUUCGAAACAGGUCAGGCAUAUGUUGCAUUAUCAAGAGCGGUGUCGAGACUGGGGUUGCAAGUGUUGAAUUUUAACGAGAGUAAAGUUAGGUCACAUCCGAAGGUGAUUGCGUUUUAUAAUAGUUUAACGACAGGGGAGUGGUAUAAAGGGGUAGGACCACGGCAGCAGACUUUAGGUUUUGAGAGAGAAGAAGUUGAAGUUUCCAUAGACAGGUAA